UCCUUUUUCUUCUUUCAUUUUACAAGAAAAUAAAAUUCUGGGUUUCUUCGCAAUCCGUGUUUCGCGUCGAGGGUGUAUGCCAAAAAUUUGAUCUUGUUUACGAUUUCUUGAGGGGUUUUCGAUUGAAUGCUCAUGAGUCGUCGUCGUUUGUGUCUUUUUCUGUUAAUCGAUUUUAUUGAUUAUUCAGAUCUUGUGAUCACUCAGAUACAUGCAUACAUGUGCCGAGAGAUUUGUGGGAUGAAUAAGUCAAAGUCUUCUCUCUGAUCAUUGCUGUUUUUACAAUGCUUGGAAUGCUAAAUUGGGUCUUCACUUUCGUCGAAUAUAAGUUUGGGGAUUCAUAUUUUUUUAAGGUUUUAUGCCAUGGUUUUCCUAUUUGUUUAGUACUUGGUCUAACUCAGAAGUGUUUUUUCUCUCUUAUUUUUUCUGGGAUUUGGUAAUUCAAGAAUGUUCUGCUUGGUUUAUUGGCUGCGAAGUUUCAAUUUUUUUACUAAUUUUUUGUCAGCUCAAGUUGGGAAUUUUGAUUGGCAUAAAGGGGAUCUUGAGAGCUUUCACUCCAGUUUUGGUGUUUGAAUCCGAAAUGCAUGUUUUUAUGUUUCUGAUAUUCCUAAGAUGUUUUGCAAUUCUUAUGUUCUAUCACUCUCAUUAGCUGCUGGAAAUUGCUAAUUCGGAUAGGUUUAUGCGGUUUUUGUUUCGAUUUGUUGGUUGAAUUGUCCCUAUUUGUGACUAUCUCCAUCCUUUUCGAUAUGGCCCAGCUUAGUUUCAGUUCCUACUUCUUGUAUCCAAACAAGAUAUAUGAUUUAACAGUGAGUUUCCAUUUAAAAUUAUAGUCGUAACAGUUUGAACUUUUAUGCAGGACAUCCGAGGAUACGGGUGUAUUGGUUGGUGAUUGAUGUGAAUAUUUGAAUAUAGAAAACAUUAUUUUUUACGAAUAAAAGAAGAGAUUUUUCAAUGCUGAGUUUCAAUAGGAUCAGAGCUCAGCCGAGGUCCAAUAGAUCUAUGUCUCUAGGAGGCAUGGAUUAUGCGGAUCCAAAGAAGAACAAUUUUUGUGGUAAAAUCUUGAUGGUUUCCACUCUUACAGCAUUGUGCAUUCUUAUGCUCAAGCAUUCCCCAACUUUCAACACCCCAAGCCAAUUCUCCAGCCAUGAUCCUGGUGUGACUCAUGUAUUGGUAACGGGAGGUGCUGGAUACAUUGGUUCACAUGCUGCUCUGCGACUUCUUAAGGAUUUUUAUCGUGUGACUAUAGUGGACAAUCUCUCGCGGGGGAACCUUGGUGCCAUUCAUGUCCUCCAACAAUUAUUUCCUGAGCCGGGGAGGCUUCAGUUUAUUUAUGCCGAUCUUGGAGAUGCUAAAUCGGUCCGGAAAAUUUUCUCUGAGAAUGCAUUUGAUGCAGUGAUGCAUUUUGCUGCCGUCGCAUAUGUUGGAGAGAGUACUAUGGAUCCUCUCAAGUAUUAUCACAAUAUUACAUCAAACACUCUUGUUGUAUUAGAAGCCAUGGCGGCUCAUGAAGUGAAGACAUUAAUUUAUUCUAGCACGUGUGCAACGUACGGGGAACCUGACCAGAUGCCAAUUACAGAAGAAACCCCACAGGUUCCCAUAAAUCCAUACGGAAAAGCCAAAAAAAUGGCAGAGGAUAUGAUUCUUGAUUUUCAUAAGAACUCUGAUAUGGCUGUUAUGAUUUUAAGAUACUUCAAUGUGAUUGGUUCGGAUCCUGAGGGAAGGCUCGGUGAAGCUCCCCGGCCUGAACUGCGUGAACAUGGGCGGAUAUCUGGUGCUUGUUUCGAUGCUGCCCGCAGAAUAAUUCCAGGUCUCAAGGUUCGUGGAACAGAUUACAAGACUUCAGACGGCACCUGCAUCCGGGACUACAUUGAUGUCACCGAUCUAGUGGAUGCUCAUGUCAAAGCCCUCGAGAAAGCCAAGCCCGGGCAUGUAGGCAUCUACAACGUUGGUACAGGAAAAGGCAGUUCAGUGAAUGAGUUCGUGGCAGCCUGCAAGAAGGCGACGGGGGUUCCCAUAAAAGUCGAAUUUCUUCCCCGCAGGCCUGGUGACUAUGCAGAAGUGUACAGCGACCCGUCCAAGAUCAAGAAUGAGCUGAACUGGACAGCGAGACACACCAACCUUGAAGAGAGCUUGCAGGUUGCGUGGAGAUGGCAGAAGGCACACCAGAAUGGGUACGACACUCCUCUGAUGAUGUCUGCGUAAAUAGAAGCUCGAGGUAUUCGGAUUCGUAGAAGAGGUCUAACAUGACGGAACCCCACGUCUGAGCCUUGGUUUCGGGAAGUUUUCGUAGAGCUGGGGAGAGAGAGAGAGAGAGUUGAGGGCAGGGGUCUGAUGUAUUCUUUUACAUCUCUACUCAGAUACAUUUGAUAGAAUGGUAGGGAUAACAAUAUAUAAUGACUAUGAUUUGGAGACAUAUUUAGUUGAAUAAUAGUUUAUGAGAGGUAUAGAUUAAUCUUA